CCAUUGAGCAGAGAACGUGGGUGCCUCUUUUCAUGAAUAAAAGCAGCUUUGUUUUUGCUGAUUUUAGGCAACUUAACCGAUUUAAAUAAUGAUUUUGUCGAGAGCAAAACCAGCCAGCGGCCCUUCCACUUCUCAAAGUGCACAGGUACGAAGGCAACUUCCCAACUUGGAGGAUUUCUUAAAAGUUCGAGAUUUUACCGGCGCUUUGUGUCUAUUGGAGUUCAACAAUAACAGUGGUAAAGGCAGUGUUGAUAUUGACAUGUGGAUUGGAUUUUGCUCCUUCCAUUUGGGCGACUACAAAAAGGCGGCCCAGGUGUACGAGAGCAUUUUGAAGAAGCCCUCGAGACCCGUCGAAGCCUCUACCUACCUGGCCUGUUGCUACUUUUACCUCGGAAUGUACCCAGAAUCAGAUAAGCUUCUGCAAAAUGCGCCGGAGAGCCGAUUGAGAAACAGGCUGAUGUUUCAUCUCGCGCACAAAUUCGGCGACGAGAAGAAAUUAAUGCAGCAGCACCAGCAGCUCGAGGACGUGCUGGAAGAUCAGCUUUCACUGGCAGCGAUUCAUUAUUUGCGCUCUCAUUAUCAGGAGGCGAUUGAUAUUUACAAGAAAAUUUUACUCGAUAAUAGGGACUACUUGGCGCUGAAUGUUUAUGUUGCAUUGUGUUACUACAAACUCGACUACUAUGACGUUUCCCAAGAGGUCCUUGCAGUUUACUUGCAACAGUUCCCUGAUUCUGCGAUCGCCCUGAACCUGAAAGCGUGCAACCAUUUCAGGCUGUACAACGGACGAGCGGCGGAAAAUGAGUUGAAACCUCUUUUGGAGCAAUCUGGAAAUACUUUCGGACACGAUUUAAUAAAACACAACCUGGUGGUUUUUCGCGGCGGCGAAGGAGCUCUGCAGGUUUUGCCGCCCCUGGUGGACGUAAUUCCCGAGGCACGGCUGAACCUUGUCAUCUAUUAUUUGCGACAAGACGAGGUUCAGGAGGCGUACGCCCUGAUCAAAGAUUUGGAACCUGCCGUUCCGCAGGAGUACAUUUUGAAAGGGGUCGUGAACGCAGCGCUGGGGCAGGAACUUGGCUCGCGGGAGCACCUCAAAGUGGCGCAGCAAUUUUUCCAACUCGUCGGUGGCAGCGCGAGCGAGUGCGACACAAUUCCGGGAAGGCAGUGCAUGGCAUCGUGCUUCUUUUUGCUGAAGCAAUUCGACGACGUCUUGCUCUACCUCAGCUCGGUCAAAAGUUACUUUUACAAUGACGACAGCUUCAAUUUCAAUUACGCCCAGGCAAAAGCGGCUGUCGGAAGUUACAAAGAAGCGGAGGAAAUGUUUCUGAUGAUUCAGAGUGAAAAGAUUCGGCAAGACCCUGUUUACGCUUCAAUGCUUUGCAGAUGCUAUAUAAUGAAUAGAAAAUCGAGCAGCGCUUGGGAGCUGUACCUGCGAAUGGACACUUCGGCCGAAUCGUUCUCACUUUUGCAAUUGAUCGCCAACGAUUGCUAUAGAACAGGCCAGUUUUAUAUCGCGGCAAAAGCUUUCGACGUCCUGGAAAGAUUGGACCCAAAUCCUGAGUAUUGGGAAGGGAAGAGAGGCGCUUGCAUCGGAAUAUUUCAAUUAGUGGUCGCAGGAAUUGAGCCGAAAGAGACGCUUGCUGAGGCAGUCCAGACCCUGAGGACAUCAUCAAGACCUCAAGUAGAGCAAAUUGUCAGAGUAAUGAAGAAAUGGGCAAAAGAUAAUAGAAUUCCGCUGAACUAAAAUAUUUGUAUUAAAAAUUCC